CGCACGCGUGUGUGUAUCCCUGCUCUCCCGCAUGAGAUGACCUGACUCGGGAAUCUUCGGCGUCACAAUUCCUUCGCUCCGUUUGCUUCCCUUCCAUCCGCCGCGGCUCCUCUCGCCGCUUCCGUCUACUCGGGAAUGUUGGCCGCAGCGAAGUGAGCCGAGUGCCGGGUCCCUUUCGCCUCCACAGGGCCGUGCGAGUCCGCGAGGGUCGUAGCUUGGCUGGCUGACCGGCUGUGAGGUUCUGCUUAGUUUAUCUUCCAGACUCAAGCAGAUUGUACGAAAGAACUGAACACAAAUCAUGGCUGUGGCAGGAUGUCCCGAUUACUUCCUGCAUCAUCCCAAUUAUCAGCAGGACAACAUAGAGCGAUCCACCAAUCACAGACAAGCAAACAUCAUUGGGCCGGGCUUCCCACAGUCGACCAGUAGAAAUUCACCAAAUCAUCAAGAGGAUGAUGUUGAUUUGGAGGCCCUGGUGAAUGACAUGAACUCUUCGCUGGAGAGCCUCUACUCCACCUGCAGCGCUCAUCAGACGGAGUCUACGCCUCUACUUCAAAACGGACAGACCUCGGCUUCCUCCCAGCAGCACAACCACACACACCACCCUCACACACACCACACCCAUCUGCGGCAGGGGUACCAUGCGCUAAGCCACGCCUCCCCUGAGCCGCCCAUCGCCACGCCCACGGACCGACCCCAGGCCAGCCUCCAACGGUCACAACCCAUGCACAUCCUGGCUGUCAGGAGGCUGCAGGAGGAGCAGCAACAGCAGCUGAGGACGUCCUCCCUCCCGGCCAUCCCCAACCCUUUCCCUGAGCUCUGCAGUCCGGCCAGCUCACCUGUACUUAGUCCCGGGUCACUACCUCCGGGAGAACCCUCCACUGGCAUAUAUAUUGUUAAAAUCUUUACCGAAGACGGCAUGUGCAAAGUGGUGGAGAUCCCAGCCGACAUGACAGCCAGGGACCUUUGCCAGCUCCUGAUAUAUAAAAGCCAUUGUGUGGACGACAACAGUUGGUCACUUGUUGAGCACCACCCGCUGCUGGGGCUAGAACGCUGUCUGGAGGACCAUGAGUUGGUGGUUCAGGUCCAGGCUUCCAUGAGCAGCGACAGUAAAUUCCUCUUUAGGAAGAACUAUGCCAAAUAUGAAUUCUUCAGAACUCCUCUGACAUUUUUCCCAGAGCACAUGGUUGCAUGGUGCCAGGAAACCAAUCGCCCGAUCCCACCAUCGCAGCUCCUGCAGAACUUUCUAGCGACCAGCAGUUGUCCCGAGAUCCAGGGUUAUCUGUACGUGAAGGAGGUGGGCCGAAAGUCGUGGAAGAAAGUAUACGUGUUCCUGCGGCGCUCAGGACUCUACUGUUCUACAAAAGGAACCUCAAAGGAGCCCAGACAUCUCCAUUUACUAGCAGACCUUGAAGACAGUCACAUCUUCACUGUCAUCACGGGCAAAAAGCAGCACGGCGCUCCCACAGACUUCGAGUUCUGUAUCAAGCCCAAUAAAUGCCGAGGGGAGUUAAAGGAUUUACGGAUCCUGUGCGCUGAAGAUGAACAAGGCAGAACGUGUUGGAUGACGGCUUUUAGAUUGUUUAAGUACGGGAUUAUAUUGUACCAGAACUACAAGAUUCCCCAGCAAAGAAAAACCCUGCUUUCACACUUCUCAGCACCCGUGCGAAGUGUGUCUGAGAACUCCCUUGUGGCAAUGGAUUUUUCGGGAACAAUAGGCCGGGUAAUCGACAAUCCUGUGGAAGCUCAGAGCGCCGCCAUGGAGGAAGGACACGCGUGGAGGAAGAGGAAUCAUCGAAUGAACAUCUUAGGCUCCCACAGUCCACUGCAUCACUCCUCGCUCAACUCAGUCAUCCACAUAGCCCAGCUGUGGUUCCACGGCAGAAUCACCAGAGAGGAAUCCCAUCGCAUCAUCCACCAACAGGGACAAGUGGACGGUCUGUUUCUGCUCCGGGUCAGCCAGAGUAACCCCAAGGCUUUCGUGCUUACAUUGUGCCAUCACCAGAAAAUUAAACAUUUCCAGAUUCUACCGUGUGAGGAGGACGGCCAAGUCUUCUUCAGCCUUGAUGACGGUGCCACCAAAUUCACCGACCUGAUCCAGUUGGUGGAGUUCUAUCAGCUCAACAGAGGAGUUCUGCCUUGUAAACUCAAACACCCGUGCACCAUCGUGGCCUUAUGACGGCGUCGGAUGAGCUGACCCCGUGCCCCCCCUCUCCCCCAUCCUCCCUCUUGACGUGACUCGGCCCACAACAGAACGAAUGUUUCUAUUGGUUGAUUCUUGACGAGAAGCCGGUGAACUGACUGCUGUUUCAUUGCUGUUGUUUUGUCCCGAGUCAGCCAUGUUGCUGAUCCCAGGGAUUGCGUUAGCGUCGCACGUCGUCAAGUCCGAUGCACAACCCGGUCAAGAGAGGAUGGAAGUGAACACUGCCAUUUGUGUCGAUGCUCGUCGUCAUUAAGCUGGGACUCGCUGAGCCUCCGAGGUCGUUCAUCUUGCCGCUCAGUCGAUGAACAAACUGGUGUGGACCACUCUGCUCUCCAGGAACAUUGGGACUUCUCUGGCCGUGUUCUCCGGAAGACUGUUGAUUGUCUCUUCGUUUUGCACUCAUCCAAAUGGGAGUGGCCUUCGAGGGUGCUGGACUUGCUUUCAACUGUGGGAUGGCGCCACCGCCCUCUAGUGUCUGAGGCGUGAAACGACAAGACUAAACUCUGGAGAUUGGAGCCAGAACAGAACGUGUGUGAAUCCUUUAGAAUUUUGGAGAAGUUCUAAGAUGGUCUGGAGAACGUGGUUUAUGAACACUCUGGAAAUGUUUGAAAAAUAUUUUUUUAAUCCGCAGACAAUACAAAAUCUGUUUUGUCUCUCCUCACUUAUUUGCAAAGAGUAUUCUUUUGACGCCACCAGUUUGCCGACUCUUCAUAUGCUACACAAGCUGGUUUCCACUCUUGGUAAGUUCCGGUUCAUCACACUGCCAUGUUGUUUUCCACAAUGAUGGAGGGAAUAAAGCUAAAUAAGUCAGAAGGAUGCUAGCAUGACGCCGGCAACAUGGUAAGCUGCAAUGCAACGCCGGUCAGGAGACAAAGCAACAAUCAGAUGCCUUACGACUUGCUGGAUCUGGAGGUCUUCCCCACAUUGCUCUUCAUGAAGGUGCUGGUAGAGAGACCGUCAGGGUUUAUAUGGUUACCCCAACCUGCGAAAUGAGCAUUAUUUUAUACCCUGCUUAUUUUGGGGGUCAACUUGGGAUGCUGUGGUUUAUGCUGUUUAACUGGUCCUAAUGGUUGGUGUCCAUUCUGGGAGUUAACCAAUGCAGAGCAGACUAUUGCAUAAUCCAGCAUCUUACUAAACACCAAGAGUCAUUUCAUAUCACGGCAGGAGUGGUCCUGUUUUCCUGCUCCUGCAGACCACCCAUGUAGAAAUAUUACAUCCUGAAAUCUAUUUAUGGCCAAAAUGUUAGGAACAAAUGUUAGGGUAAUUCUCAUUACCAAACCGCAUUAGUUCUAUUUAGGGUUGCUGAAUAAGCGGGUGAAGAAAUGUGACUUAGUAGAAAUAUGAUCAUGCGAAUCUAAUAAUAGUUUCCCAAUACUCCCCCCCCCCCUUUAUUAAUUAGUGAAGGAAGAUUAUGACUCAGUGCCUUUAGGUAAGGUGGAGAAUUGUAUUUUUAUUAGAAAUAUACAGUAUAUAUAUAUAUUUUUGGCACUGAUCACAUUUGGAUGAAUUUGAUGAUACAAAAGUCCAAGUAGCAAAUUCCAUUUUUAGGAAGUCCUUGGUAGAUUUUUUUUUUUAAUUCUGAUCCUUUAUAUGUAUUCACCAAUAACAUAAUAACAUAAGCCCUCCCAUUCAUUUCAAUGCAGAAACCAACCAGUCACUUCAUUUCCAUGGUUUGUCCUUCAGAGACCCCCCCCCCCCCCCCCCCCCCUUGAACUUUAGUCCAUUGGCAGUCGUCUCCAGAAAUGCUACCUUUUUAUUUAGCUGCAGGUUGUCUUAAGGUUUACUGAACACAUGAGAUGCAGUACAGCCUACUACACUAUAUUCUCACUGUGUAUAGUCAGCGUUAUUUAUCGAAAAUGCAUUGAUUCGUUUUUAUUUGAAGUAUUGUUUCAGCAGAAAUGUAUGUAUUUAUCUGGAUGUGACUGAUCUACUUGAAAAUCUUAGAAUUCUUUUUUUUUUUCCUCAGUGCUGUUCUGUACUGUUAUUUUUAUGUCAAUACCACAGGAUGAUUGACCGGUGUGAGUUAUUCUAAUUAUUGUCAUAAAUGAGAUAGCAUCUAUUGAUUAUUAUAUCAUAUUUUGUAUUGUUACAAUGGAGUGUUGAAAGUGAUAAAGAUACUUCGACACA